AUGGCGCAGCAUGACUUUGCUCCAGCCUGGCUUAAUUUUCCUACUCCACCAUCAUCAACAAAGUUUACCACUUGUGUUCCUUUACAGUCGUCACUGAAUUUUGAGAAAUAUUCUGAAAAUUGGACAGAGAAUCAUUAUGAAGCAAAUUGCAGAAGACACAACUCUUCAGAUGUGUUGGAUCCUAACAUUGGAUGGCCUAAUGGAGGGCAUUUUGGGAGAAAAGAGAAGAAUGGUUGGCGUUCACAAGGCAGAAAUGGUACAGAAAAUAUAAACCAUCAUGGGGGAUACCAUGGUGGAGGUUCCCGCAUUCGUACCAGCACUUUUCACUGUGGAAAAGGCCAAGGACUUCAUGAAAACAAUGUAUCUGAUAAUGAAACUGGGAAAAAGGAAGAUAAGGAAGUACCCAAACAGUUUGAGGCUGAGGAUUUUCCAUCUUUGAAUCCUGAAUAUGAGAGAAUACCAAACCAGAAUAAAUCUUUAGCAGCAGGUGUGUGGGACUACCAUUUGAAUACUAAAUCUAGAUCUCCAAGAAUGCUGGUCAUUAAAAAGGGCAUUACAAAAGAACUGCAGAUAUCUGGAUUCCCUGCAGUAGGAAGUCUUCAUUCGCAGCCAGUAAAAAAUGGAAUUGGCACAAGUUUUUAUAAAGGAUUAGUCCCUAAACCUGCUACUCCACCCGCAAAGCCUACACAGUGGAAAAGCCAAGCAAAAGAAAAUAAACUUGGGAAUUCAUUUUCUCAUGAAUCUGUAUAUGGGAUUGGUAGUUUCAGUCCUUUCAAAUCAACUGCCAAGGCAUUUACUUUAUCACAGAAUUCAGUGGAAGAGUGUAAUUGGUCAAAUUCGUCAUCCCCUAUUGACAAAGUUAGUCAGCCUCGUUUAACAAAAUUGACAAGAAUGCGGACUGAUAAGAAGAGUGAAUUUUUGAAAGCACUGAAACAAGACAGAGUGGAAGAAGAACCUGAAGAUGAGAAUCAUGCUGGGCAAGACAAGGAUGAUGAGUCCUUUAACUUGCACAACAGCAACAGUCCUCAUCAGGAGAGAGAUAUAAACCGUAACUUUGAAAAUGAAAUCCUGCAGGAGAAUGGCAAUGCUCCAAUUACAUCUCAACAGAUCAUUCGAUCUUCGACUUUCCCUCGGGCAGAUGUUCUUUCAAGCUCACUUGAGGCAGAGCAUAGGUUGUUAAAGGAGAUGGGCUGGCAGGAAGACAGUGAAAAUGAUGAAACAUGUGCUCCACUAACAGAGGAUGAGAUGAGGGAAUUCCAAGUCAUUAGUGAACAGUUACAAAAAAAUGGCCUUCGGAAAAAUGGCAUUUUGAAAGAUGGCCUCAUCUGUGAUUUUAAAUUUAGCCCCUGGAAAAACAGCAUUUUCAAAACUGCUCUGGAGAAUGAGGAUUCUGAGACAAGCAGCAGUGAUACAUCAGAUGAUGAUGUGUGAAGAUUUCUGUAACAUCUGUGGAAGCUUGUUUUGAUCUCAUGAAAAUUUUGAGAUGUAUUGUCCAAAAAAAUCUCUAAUUUAUAUAGUAACGUACCCCAUUAGAUGAAGAAUGAUGGGACUUCUCUCUGAAGAAAGCAAAGAAUGUUGUGUUGAACAUAACUAUAAUUUCUUUGCAAACAAAUGUUGUAGAAUGAGGACUUGGGUUGACCCUGCAUUGACUUUCUUAAUCACUGCAGCAUUUCUGACUAGCAAUGUGACAAUGUAACAAAUUGGACUCAUUUAAU